CGAAACGCGCCUUCAGUGUCUCUAAGUCAGAAAAUUGCAAACAUUUUGAACGGGCCGUAAUCAACCCACGUCGGCCAUGAUGGACAUUGCGUACGACCACAUUCAAGAGUCGACGUUUCCAGAGGAGCACAGCGACUCGCAGUCGGGGAACAAGAAGCCGGCUCCGCAGGCCAGCUUAAACGAGGAUCUGCAGGAUGCUUACCGCGCCUUCUCCUCUAGCCCAUGGGGGGCGCGCAUCGGUGGCUUCUUUGGGAGUGUUGUGAAGCAGGGCGGAACCGUCUACCAUGAGGCCCAAAAGGAGCUUUCAGCCGUGGGUCAGGAUGCGACGCGCGGCCUCACCGACCUGGGGCAGACAAUUAUCAAACACACGCGGAAUCUGUCUCUCAACACAGCUGCUCUUUCAGCAGCAUCAUCGUCAGCGUCAAGAGAACCAGGCGACAAUGCCGAGAUGACGCCCACAGCAGCCAAGGACAUGUCCUUGGAGGACACGCUCAAAGAUUCCGAGACGGUGCUUUCUCGGCUGCGCGGGGAGGCCGCCAAGCGGCUGAAGGAUCUCCAGAAGGCCGAGGACGCAGCAGACGAGGCGCUGCUCCGGUUCGGGUCCAACCUGCGGGACUUCUUCAAAGACGCCAUCAAGAUCGCGCCGCCAACCGGCGACGAGGCAAACAGCCAGGGCAACACCGUACUCUUCGAGAGCAAGGACGCGCACGGCAAGAGGGUAAUUCACACGUCGCGGUUCGAUGCGCAGCUGCAUGUCAUUCACACGUCACCCGAGAGCUUCGCCAAGGAUGGCACGGGCGCCGAGUUCGAGGCUUGGACUAAGACAUUUGAUAUUGACAAGAAGACGGCGGAUAUCAGCAGCGACCUCGAAAAGUAUCCCGAGCUGAGGGUGACGAUGGAGAAGCUUGUGCCGGACCAGGUGGCCUACACUGAUUUCUGGAAGAGAUACUACUUUCUCAGGCACGGCAUCGAAACUGCCGAGGCGCGGAGGAGGGAUUUGCUCAAGGGUAUGCGAGAGGACGACGAAAUUGAUUUCGGAUGAAUCUACGCUAAUUCUCUAUUGCAGCCGCUUCAGCGGAGGAGGAAGUCGGAUGGGAUGAGGAUUCCGAGGAGGAGGACGAAGAUGAAGAGUCGGGUGAGGAGUCGGAUGACGAGGCUGAGAACAGCAAAGCGACCACAGCACCCAAGAGGCCCGG